AUGCCCUAUGCCGCCAGCUUCGCACAUUCAAUACUCACCUUGUAUUUCUUCACAGUUAAAGUUGGUGACACAAAGCCCAGCCUCGUUUCCUCCCAAUCACAGCAGUUCCCAGCCGCCAGUAACGCCUACAGUCGUCGCGUAUCUUGUCAGCUAGUCGCGAUAUCCUCACCAAGAUGGCACCUUCGGGCAUUCCAGCGAGUCCAGGUUUCGGCCGCCUACUCCAUAAUGCCCAAAAGGAAGAAGAAAGAGAAAACCACAGAGAGCUUGGUUGACGUUGAUGACUCCUUUUUCACCUCGAAUUCUCAAAAAUCCGGGGACAUCCAGGGAGUUGAAGCUGGACUGGAUGAGCCUCAAGUGGAAAGCCCAAGAGUCCGCAGAAAGGAGAUGCGGGAGCUUAGGAACCGGUACUUUUGGAAGCACUGGGUGCAAAAGCACCCAAACUACGUCUGGAAUAGGGCUGGUCGCAGAGAUCAACAAAGGUCCACGAUCAACAAAGAUGGACUUCAUACAAAGACCAAUGAUGAGAGUGUUGUCAACUAUCCUGAAACCGAAGCUGAAAGAAGACAGGAGAGAGUCAACCUCUGGAAUACGUGGGUUAUGAACCACCCGACUUUCAAGCACAGCAAAUUCGGCCAAUUAAGAAGCACGGGGAAAAUCAAGGGCGAUGGUCAAGCCAGCCUCAUGAGAGAUCGAGCUAACAGGGUCGGUCGUUACUUCAGAACCCUAAGAGUCGGUCAAGAAAACAACACUUUUCUUCGUUUCCAAAAGAUUCCAGUGAAAGAUCGCUUGAUGAAGAGACUCGUUCGGAAGAUCGACUUCAGAUCCGCCAAGUUCGGCCAAGCCUAUUUCAGGCGCUUGAGAGUAGGCCAGAUUCACAAUGACUUCCUCAAGUUCCACAAGGUCGACCUGAGAAGGCCUCAGCCAGGGCGAAUCUACCUCAGAAGCCUUCGACUUGGCAGUGAUUCCAAGUUCGACAGGUUCAGGAAGAUUCUUUUCGACGCAGAUGGCGACCUCAAGGCACGCAGGAAGAAGGAAAGGAGAAGCAGUAAAGACCUAACGGAAGACCAUUGGAAGAAAAUGACUAAGAAGACACCCGAGAAUAUCGCUGCCGAAGAAAAGGAAGAAAAACUGGCAAGAGGAAUCCCCGACCAUUGGACGAUUGAGCAAUGGGAAUACAUCACCAAGUUUCCCAACCACAGGACUGCAGAGGAAUGGAAGAGGAUAAGGAACUUCUCAAGUAAUCUCGGCCACAAGCGAGCUAUCGCGAAAGCGGUCGAACUAGAAACCUAUCAAAUAUCCGACCUGGUGCUGGAGCUGGACGCCCACGACAAUCCCUUUGUUCGUCCGUUCAACGCAGACGAUGCAGCUGAACAGACCAAGCAGUGGCCGCACCUCGACCCAGAUCAGCAAGAGAUUGUCAGACGCGCGAUCUCUGUCGCCGAAACUGUUGCUGAAUCCAAAACAAAAUGGAAGUCACCAUUGUUACCAUUCGAUCACCGUCGGAUAACAGAACGUGAUGUCCUGUCAGUGGCAUUACUCGGCCUUGUCUCCGAGUCCACGGGGUUACAAAACCACCCAACAUCGGAAUCAGGCACUCACGAACCAAGUCUUGGAUUCCUCACCAUGUCCGACCUCCUCGAAAUAGGUGUACCUGUUUCAUACUCAACAAACCCUCAGCGUCUCACCCACCUCCUACUCCACCGCAUCGAAAAAGCCCAAUUCCCCGCCCACCAAGAAGUCAACUUCCCCCCAUCCUCGCUCUUAGAAGCCCUAAUUCAGUCCUCAUCCUUCCACCAGCUCCGCCGCAUCAUCGCUCCCCUGCUUCACACAGAAGAAGGCUGUUUUCUCAUCUCUCAGUGCCAGGAUACCAUCCUAGCAGCAUGCAGCAGCAAAAACGGUUACAGUGUUGAUGACGAGUACUACGUCUCCACGGUCUUUGUCUUUCUCAGAACCAUCGCCAGCCGUUUGGCAAUGAUGGAUCUUAGAUUUGAGAUACCCGCGGACCUUUGGCCUACUAAUUAUGCUGAUCUGUUCUUUCUGGAGUGUCCGGGACUAGUAGUAGCGGGAGCGAAGGAGCAGGAUGGUGGAAGCGCUGGACAACUUGAAAAAGAUGAAGAAGAAGCACAAGAAGAAGGACAAGAACCCCUAGAGAAGGACGCGGAUUAG